AUGAUAGCUCAAACUUUUGUUUGCAAAACCUGCAAUGCCUAUGUUGUCAUGGCGUCAGUGAGAUGGUUUAUUGCACUGUCGCUUGUCAUCGGAGGAGGCAGCACGCGGAGCUCGAUCUCGUUCACAACGACCAAGCGAAUUCGCUUGUUGCUGGUGCGACAUGGACUGUCGUGUGCCAAUGUGAUUCGUCACUACAGUCCACUUCUCACGAUGCUCCAGCAUAAACAUUUUUUGGACCCGCCAUUGUGUGACUGUGGAAAACGACGCACCGAGCGUGCAGCAAAGAUCUUGAAGGACGAGCCUGUAGAUUUGGUGUUAUCCUCCAAUUUGAUGCGGGCCAUUGAGACGGCCUACCUCCAAUUUGGGCAUCGACCAGUACAUGUGAUCCCGCAUAUAGGAGAAGCUCACCAUGGCAUCAAAAAGAACUUAAUGCAAUUGGGUAGCCGUUUUGGAAUCAUAGAAGACCUCGACAACGAGCCUCGCUUGCCAGAGGCGCAGCUUGAGAUUCUUCGGGACUUUUACCCUGACAUCUCAGUGGACUAUGGUUGGCGCAACGAUACAGCAGAGGUUUCCAACUGGGCGGCCUUUGAGGAUUUUUUGAAAUCGAAGCUCUUGCCAGAGCUGGUCCUUCUGCAUCCCAAGAGCAGCUCCAGCUAUACUAUUGGGAUCGCCAGCCAUUCCAUUUUCCUCAAGAAUGCCAUUGGAAGAUCCCCUGAUCGCUCAAGAAGGUCAGAGAGGUCAGAGACAAGUCGUGAGAGCAUUUGUUUCGGGGAAAUGCCUGGCAAUGGACGAAGCAAGCCCUUCAACAACCAAGUUCUAGAGAUCUUCUACUACUUUGAUAGUGCCACAGGUGAACUGGCCUUGGAUACGGCUUCUGGGUGCAAGACUCUGGGUGUGAGCAAGGACUUGGCACAUGGUGUUCCAGGCCUUCCGCGACAGCUUUGCGAAGCUGACGUGGACCGCUGUGUUCCCUUGUGGAGAGAACUUCAGGGAAAGCCUGCACCUCUAAGGCCUCCUGUUCUAUCGCCGGAGCUUCGGAAGGAGCGACAGUUUUCAGGGCCAUCGGACUCGGAGACCUAUUCCAUGCGAGGGGAGUUUCCGGAGGUUCAGAGCGCGGAGCAGAAGUGGGCUGAGAAUUGGAACCAAUGUGUCUAUGGUUCCACGCGUUCCGGAUGUCAUUUGCCUGAAUAUCCAGACACCACCUCAAAGGAGGUUUGCGAUUGUCUUUGA